AAGUCGGGGUCAGAUUUGUGGUGCAAAUUGGGGAAAAAGAAGGCGGUUUCGUAGCCACCGUUCCGAUCAUCCAAUUCCCUCGAAACCCUGUUUUUUUCUGUUCCAUUUUUUUUUUUUCCGGCGGAAGUGUACGAUUUUUCUUGACCAGGAUGUUGCGGAUUGCGGCGAGAAGGUUCUCUUCACUCUCUUCCUCCCAUUUCAGGCCCACUAUUGCCUCUUCUUUGCCCGGUUCUCACAAGAUCAUCGAUGGCGGUGAUUCCGCCUCUUCCAAUGAUUUCAGAUCCUUCAACACCUUCCCAUUUGGACCCAUCUUCGAUCGUAAUUGUAGAGGUUUUGCUUCUGAUGCAUUGACUUCAACAAAGGAAACCGACUUAGUUCCAGAUGUUCCUGCUACUGUAGCAGCCGUUAAGAACCCAACUUCAAAGAUAGUCUACGACGAAUACAAUCAUGAGCGGUUUCCUCCAGGUGACCCCAGCAAGCGUGCAUUUGCAUAUUUUGUAUUAUCAGGUGGUCGCUUUGUCUAUGCUUCUUUGAUUCGUCUCCUUGUUCUCAAGUUCGUCCUUAGCAUGUCAGCCAGUAAGGAUGUUCUUGCUCUGGCUUCACUUGAGGUCGACCUUUCAAGCAUCGAGCCUGGUGCUACCGUGACAGUUAAGUGGCGUGGAAAGCCAGUAUUCAUCAGACGUCGAACUGAGGACGAUAUUAAGUUAGCAAAUAGUGUGGACAUUGGAUCUCUUCGUGACCCACAGCAGGAUGGUGAGAGAGUUAAGGAUCCAGAAUGGCUUAUCGUGGUCGGCGUCUGCACGCAUCUUGGCUGCAUUCCCUUGCCAAACGCUGGCGAUUAUGGUGGGUGGUUCUGUCCAUGCCAUGGUUCCCAUUACGAUAUCUCCGGUAGGAUCCGUAAAGGACCAGCACCAUACAAUUUGGAGGUACCUACCUACACCUUCUUGGAUGAGAACAAGCUCUUGAUUGGUUAAGAAAUCAAGCUCUUUUUCUGGUCUGUAGUGGUUUGGAACCUUCAUCAAUGAUAAAGAUAAUGUCGAAGCUGGCAAAUAUAUAUAUAUAUACUUUUUUUCCACGCAAUUUCUUUGAGUUAAUAUUUGUGUAAUGAGAAUACUUGUAGCUGUAUCUUGGUCAUGAAUGAAUCUGAAUAAGUUGCUUGAAUUGGUGUUGGGACCCAUAAGGUGAGAUCUUGAUUUUGUAA